AUGUAUACUGCACCACUGUACCGGUGCUCGGCGCCUAAGAAAUCCUUGUUCACAACAAUCCGAGCCGUCUCCUCAUCUUCGAACCCUCACGCAAAGCGCCUUCUCAAAGACCUUACUCCCUCCGACCUAUGCUACUACUGGGAUACACAACCUCCACGGCCAGAGCAGCUAGCAUUCGCGGACCAGGUAUUCACGCCGUCUCGGCACUCGCCGAUAAAGCUCUGGUCCGCGGCUAAAUUCCGCACAACGCCAAUGUCCUCGGUCGAGCCAGAGGUCGCGUUUUUGGGUCGCUCGAAUGUCGGCAAAAGUUCGCUUUUGAACGCAAUCAUGGGCAAGGAGGUCUGUUGGACAUCAUCCAAACCGGGUCGGACGAGGGAAAUGAAUGCGUUUGGGAUUGGAGGCACAAAGGGCGGUGAAUCGAAGGUGGUCCUACUUGAUAUGCCGGGAUAUGGAAAGGCCAGUCGGGCUGAAUGGGGCGCGGAGAUCAUGAAAUAUCUCCAAGGAAGGAGACAACUUCGUCGGGCAUUCUUACUCAUUGAUAGUAUGCAUGGUAUAAAGAAGACGGACGCGGACAUCCUCCGAUUAUUCCGACACCAUGCUAUACCACACCAAAUCAUCCUAUCCAAAGUGGACAAGUUCCUUGCCAAGAAGAUGAAAACCAUGAAAACAGGAGUGACGGCUGCGAAUGUAGAGCGACUGCAGUUGUUACUGAAUGGCAUCAAACCACUUGUUCAGCUGGAUCCUCAGGCUGGAGAGGGGCCUGGUUCGUUAGGUGAGAUCUUGACCUGCAGUGCUGAAGCAGCAAUUGGACAAGGCCGAUUCCUGGGAAUCGAUGCUGUCCGCUGGUCGAUUUUAUCGGCAGCUGGUAUCGAUGGGAGCUUGGAAGGUGUUCGGCCUGCGACUGAGUCUCCUAACACGCAAACAACAGCGGCAUUUUGA